AUGUUUUCAACAAUUAGACAACAAACAAGAGCUUCACGUCGCUCGAUAGAACACACUAUUAAAAGAUUCAAUUCCUCACAUCAUCAUCAUCAUCAUCAUCAUCAUGAACCAGAGUCCAAACCCGUAGAAAUAACAUUUGCCAAAGUAUUUGGUGUUGCUGCAUUAGCAGGUGGAUUUUUAGUUUAUAAGAAUAAAGAUUCUACUGAGAAACCAUUAUUUGCUUCUAAAUAUUUUGAUGAAAUUACUACUGGCGAACGUAGUCAUUUAAGAGAUGAACUGUAUGAUAGAAAAUACAAAGUUGGAUUCCUUAAAACAUUCGAUAGAGAUAAUAGUGGAUUAGGUGAACAAUUGAAGAAAACUGGUAGUGUUUAUGAAUUACCGAAUUACAAUUUAAUUCCAGCCCAUUCUCCAUUCGGAUACCAAUUUGGUGCUGGGAUUAGAACUCAAGAAUUAGGACCAAGAAGAGAAAGAGAAAGACGUUUUUAA